CGCCCACCCAGUGGCGACUGUUGUGGUUGGCUGAAAUGACGUAACGUCAUGAGAAGGACAAGACACUCCGGCAUCAUCUGAUCUCUCACACCCGACACGGACAGGCCGACUGGGCUCUAGUCCACCUGCUCUGGCACCUGGCCCGGCUGGUCCACCUGCCUGCGGGCCACGCCUGCCAGCUGAUAUCCACUCCACGCUCCCGCACUCCGUUCCCCGGCGAGGCCGGUCACCGACAUCACUGGACGGACGGUAUAUGCGCGCGCCCGGAAGAUCCAGCCUUAAGACGGCCACCUCGUCCGUGUAUCCCAUCACAUCUCACCCACUCGUACACACCAUGGCCCCCCUCGACCAGCAGAUCCAACAGACGCUCCGGCGCCUCACUGGCCUCAUUAAGAGCGGCUCAAAGCCCUACCUCAUCGCCGACCACCUGGCGCUCGCCCGCAUGGGCCCCCUCAGCGUCAAGGUAGUCAAGGACAACAACGUCACAUACGUCGACAACCCAGCGACGCACUGGGUGCUGGAGAGCUUCCAGGCGCGCGCCGCCGACGCAGCCGACGCCGAGCGAGCCAAGCAAGCGUCGGCCGUCAUGAACGAGCUCCUGCACCUGAACGACGGCGUCGACUCUCGCCUCACCCAGACACAGGAGGCCAUCGGCGAGCGCAUUCAGCAGGUGAGUCUUUCGGCUGCAUGCUCAUGGCUGUGCUCACACCAGCGCAAAGCGACAGGCGAGGACCCCGCCGCCGCCGAGUGGAUCGACAAGUUCCGCAGCGCCUGGAAGAAGCAGCAGCCCAUGACCAUCUCCGGCGACCUCGACUUCGACGGGUACCCCGACUCGCCAGCGUCGCCUUCGCCACAGCGAUACCUCAACAGCUUCCUGUCGCUCAUCGAGGCGCUUCCAAGCAACGCAGAGAUCGUGCUUCUCAGCGGCUCGUCGGCGAUCGUCUCCAACAUCGCCAAGUUUGCCGAGGACGAGGGGCACAUCCACACCGUCGUCAUCGACGAGAACGAGGUGUCACACCUCCAGUGAAGGAUAGGCACAUGUAGGUUUCAGAAGUACCCAACUGUAGGUGUCCAACAGUCAAAGCAAUGCAUCAAGUCUCGAAUGGCGGUGUGAGGUCGGGUCUGUGCGAAACUCAUUCAGACGGUCGGCUCUGCAAAACUCAUUCUUAUCUGCAAGUACCGCAGGAGGGCGGCAUCAUGACUGUUACCUCAGCCUUUCAGUGCACGGACAGUGCAGAACGCACGG